CCCUCUCUGGUCGGUGUGGUUUGGGUGGGUGUGUGGUCUCCUCUGUUAGGCUUAGCUUGACGCUCUGGUUACAUAUUUUUCGCAGGGAGGUGUCAUUACGACUAAAUUAAACGCGUUUUCAAAUAAUCGCUCGAAAGUUGCGGGAGUGUAACGCAGUUGGUUUAGCCAACAGGAUUCUUGGAAUGCGUUGGCCAACACGUGGUGAAGAAAGCAGAGCGAACGCAAAGUCUUCAGUUGGACUUAGACUCCAUCAAAGGUAAGGAUCAGCCAGCUAGCUAGCUAGCUAGCGUGAGCACUCAGUCCUGGAAGGAUGGAGGAAGACCUGUUGGAGUUCCUCCGAACGAGGGAAGUCCUAGAAGAGGACAUAACUUGGGCUGAAAAAGGACAAGGUAUGCAAAGCUGCGAUGACACGAGGUGAUGUCUAGGCACAAGACUGGUCACAUUCUUGCUCUACACAUGGACACCUUCAACAGCACAUCAUUGCUGUCGAGAUGCGUUUUGACCGGUACGCUGGUGUGCUGGUGUACAGUGACUGGGACAGGUAUACAUGGCUGAGAUGACACGAGGCAAUGUCCGGUUCCAAGACGGCUCACAUCCUGUAUGGUGGUGUGUUGGUGUACAGUCGCUUGGAAAGGUACGAGGAGUUGGUGAGAAUCACUCGAGAACACUUAGGAGAAGUUGGACCAACGCAAAUGUCAAGCCCCGCCGACCAAAGCCGACAUGUGAUUUGUUGGGGGACUGGAAGCUAGCCACCGGACAACAAGCUAGCCACCAAACAACAAGCUAGCCACCGGACAACAAGCUAGCCACCGGACUACAAGCUAGCCACCGGACAACAAGUUAGCCACCGGACAACAAGCUAGCCACCGAACUACAAGCUAGCCACCGGACAACAAGCUAGCCACCGGACAACAAAGAAAACCAGCACACUACUCGACCAUCUCUGCUUCCGGUGUGCAGCGUUAACACGCGUAUUGGAUCUGUCUGCGUCUCCCAACUAUUCAAAUCAUUUCUCUGGCCAUGGGUUCGCAGCCUUUGGGCUUCGUCUGAAGAUGGAAAUAUAAAGUUGACUAACUGCUUUGCAUACUAACGUAUAUGCACACAAAGGCGUUGGUGUUCCGAGGUUCAUAUUUCUCUCCCUGGCCUUCCAUGGUCUGGUUCCUGCAGAUGCACCUAUAGAUAGCUGUGUCUGCGGCCCAGCAGAACCUUCCACGCCAAAGCUUCAUUCCUUAUGAACGAACAAGCGUUGUCACUUUAACAUCGAUAUUAGGGCAGACUCAUGCUCAUUAUUAAAACUUGCAGAACUGUCCUGACAAACACGAAGGUAACUCUGAUUUACUGUCGGAUUUCGUUAACACACAACUGAGGCAAGCAAGCUAAAAGAGAAAAUGACCGCAGUAAUAGGCCGAGUAUGGGGAUGGGUGCGCCCAACAGUCUCAUACCGCCCUUGGGGCAGCAGUGAUGUGUCAGAGAACACCACAACGGACCCGGGGACAAAUAGAGGCCUAACAUCCAGCAGCUGGGGCUUCAGAGGGUUAACUUCCUGGGUAUAUCGUGGGGGUCAAAGUCAGACUGACCAAACAAAACUGGCUGAAGAGUUUUGGGAGGCAGAGGAGAAACUACAGCCGUUAGAAAUUGAGGAUCUUGGUGCUGGGAAGCAGGAAAUGGAGGCGAUGACAGAACAUGCUCCUAGAUGGUGGAAUAAGAUUCUUCCAACCUCCUUCCUUUUCUGGUCAAAAAAGAAAGAACUGAGUGGACUAAGACAAAGGAAACAUGCCAGUAGCAGUCAAUUUACUAGAGACUGUGACAGUGAUGGGGAGUUUUCUGAUUAUGGAACCCCUCCACCAUCUCCCACACCCUGCUCCUCCCCGCUUUCCCCCUUUCACCUUUUUGCGCAAAGCUGGUCUGGAGAAAUUUUACCAGAACACUAUGAGAUCUGCUUCAACUUUCUCCGCCAUUUGUUUGACCUGUUUGUUGUUGGCUUCCUGUGGACUGUGUCUCCUCCCACUAAGCUGAUUCUGGAAGUUUUGGGGGUCCAAGGAACACUGAGGUUAUGGUUACAUGGGAUGGCCAUGUUUUUCGUCUCUACGACUGGAAUGGCAGGAUUGCUCUGGUUGAUCCAGGAGUAUCUUCCUCAGUUUGCUCUGAUCUAUGGCAUUGUGCAAGUAUUAGUGAUCUCGGUCAGUGUCCGACAGAGCGUGAUGCUUGGAGAGGAGGGAGAAAAAGAAGAAAGAGACGAUGAGGUCAAGGAAAGUGAAGAAAUUAAAGAUAAGGAACACGAAGAGAAGCACAUCAUCAACAAAAGAGAAGGCCGAGAACAAAGAGUGAACGAGCGCAUGUAGGCUAGACACUGCUGUAAUGGCCUUGAUAAGACGUCAUAACAAAGGGGCGUGGCUUGAUGAGGUAUUAUAUCACUACGUUGUGAAGCACCUACAGACAUGUAAAGACGUGAGAAACGUCAGCCACUCCAACAGCUGGCACUGUUCCUAAAAUCGCUGAGCAAACCCACCUUCAAGCUAUGUAAAUCUCACUACCAGGAAAAAAAGACCUAACAUUCCCCUAAGUGUACGAGACUGAUUUUAUUCUUAUGAGGCUUCUCCUGGGAUAUGUGCCGUGUGCCUUU